GGAGGAGGAUUGGGGCGGCAAAGCUGGGGAGGCUUCAGCAUAGCGUGAGGGAGUUGGCGGGGAUUGGCUCAGUUGGGAUGGAGGGAGGAGUUGCGACCCAGCAUCCUGUGUUACUUGUUGGUAAGGCUUUGGGUAUAUGGGCGCACCAACUUGAGGCUGGGUCUCAGGGGCUGCUCAGGCUGUGCAAUGGCCAUGUCUCGGGUUGGCCCGGCACUGCCUACUUUCUCUAUUGUUAAAUUAUAAAAAUUAAACUCCGUGCAUAUCGCUCCCUCUUUCUCUGUCUGUUGGUGCUUCCUGAAGCUCACAUUGGGCUGGGGAUGGGGAAUGGCUGAGAAGAGGGCUGGGUGCUGGCUGGAGAGCACAUAGAGAUGCUGUGAGAGGACUGCAGAUUGUGCAGGGGGAGGGAUUUGAACACAGGAUGAGGAGGGGGCCCUGGCAUGAGUGGCGCAGAGGCAUGGGGUUCUGGCUGGGGCAGUUGGCUGAGGGGGCCCAAUGGAGGCCCUGGCAUGGGCAGUGGGUGAGCAAAGCUUCUGGGGUUUUUUUUGGUUUUUAAUUUUGAUUUUUUUUUAUCAUCAGUGUCAGUAUAUCACACACACAGCCUCCAGACCUGCCCAUACAUUGCUGAGCUCAGGAUAGUGCCCAGAGGCAGCCAUGGCUGCAGAGAGCCCCACGGAAAGUCUCCAGGAGGAAGUGACAUGUCCCGUAUGCCUGGAGGAUUUCACAGCGCCUGUCACUCUGGAGUGUGGGCACAAUUUCUGCAAGGCCUGCCUCAGCCGGUGCUGGGAGGCACCAGACCCAGCCGCCUCCUGCCUGCAGUGCAGAGACACUGUGCAGCAGAGACCCCUUCGGCCCAACAGGCAGCUGGCAAAUGUGCUAGAACUAGCCAAGCACCUGAGUUUCCAGGCAGCAAAGAGAGCAAGAUGGGGUGGGAUGCGUGUGAAGCACCAGGAGUCUCUGAAGCUGUUCUGUGAAGAGGAUCAAACUCCCAUCUGUGUGGUGUAUGAUAGAUCCCGGGCUCCCACAGUGGUGUCCAUUCCGGAAGCUGUCCAGGAGUACAAGGAAAAAUGUGUAGCCCAUUUGAAGACUCUGAGAGAAGAGAGAGAAAUGCUACUGGGAUGGAAAGUGACUGGCGAGGGGAAAAGCCAGGAGUAUCUGAAACAGACACAAGCCGAGAGGCAGAAGAUUGUGGCUGAGUUUCAGCAGCUGCGGCUGUUCCUAGAGGAACAAGAGCAACUCCUGCUGGCCCAGCUGGAAAAGCUGGAUGAGGAGAUUGUGAAGUUCCAGACUGAAACUGUCAGUAAACUCUCUGCACAGAUUUCCAGUCUCAGCAAGCUGAUCGAUGAGCUGGAGCGGAAGUGGCUGAAGCCAGCGAGUGAAUUCCUGCAGGAUGUCAGAAGCACCUUGAGCAGGUGUGAGAAGGGGCAAUUCCAGCCGCCAGAGGAGAUGUCUCUUGAACUGGAAGAAGUAGUCAGCAGUUUCACCCAGAAAACAUCUGCACUGUCGGAGACUCUGAGGGAGUUCAAAGAUACUCUGCCCUCUGCACUGGAGAGAGCAAGAGGAAAAUCCCUGGGAGCUUUCAGACAGGGCUGCAGAACACCCAUGUCUAGCUCCAGCUCAGCCCAUGGCUUGCAGAGCCAGGGAAAGGAAAUGGCUGUGAUGGAGCCAGUGUCCUUCGAGGAGGUGGCUGUGUAUUUCUCUGAGGAGGAAUGGGCUCUGCUGGACCCGGGCCAGAGAGCCCUCUACUGGGAUGUGAUGCAGGAGAAUUAUGAGGAUGUGAGCUGGCUGGGAUUUCCAGUCUCCAAAGCUCAUGUGAUCUCCUGGGUGGAACAAAGGGAAGAGCUCUGGGUCCCAGGUCUCCAGGGCUGUGAGGAAGGGAAGAUUAUCACCGACACCCAUACAGCAUGUGAUGGAACGGUGAGUGAGACCAAUGAGAGUGUCCAGCAGGAAGGAUCAGAGCAAGUGGCUCCACAUGGGAUGUUACUGGGAAGAUCUGAAGGGCAUGAUUUCCAGAGUCCUGAGCAGGGGGAGACCUGUGAGAGUCAGAAUAUCCCAGAAAGGCAGCAGGGAAACCGUGUGGUACAGGGACAGGGUAAAUCUAGUCACAGGAACAGAGAGGUGAAAAGAAACACAGAAAUUGUUCAACAGAAAAUCCCCUAUCAAGAGGGACCCUGCACUUGCAGUGACUGUGGGAAAAGUUUCCAGUGUAGACAGUUCUUCAUUUUACAGCAAAGAAUCCACACAGUUGAGAACCCCUUCAACUUCUUUGACUGUAGGAAUAAUUUCAGUCAGAACUCCAAACUUAUUUCCCAUCAGGGAAUGCAUCCAACUGAGAGAAUCUGUGAGUACUCUGACUGUGGGAAAAGCUUACAUUGCCAGUCAGAUGUUACUAAACCCCAGAGAAACCCCAGAGUAGAGAAACCUUUUAAGUGCUCUGACUGUGGGAAAAGCUUUAGUCAGCGCACACGCCUUGUUGGACAUAAGAGAAUCCAUACGGGAGAAAAACCCUUCAGCUGCGCUGACUGUGGGAAAAGGUUCAGUGACAGGGCACAUCUUGUUAGACAUAGGAGAAUCCACACAGGAGAGAAACCUUUCAACUGCUCUGACUGUAGGAAAAGCUUCCAUCAGAGCGCAGACCUUGUCAAACAUAAGAGAACCCACACAGGGCAGAAACCUUUCAACUGCUCUGUGUGUGGGAAAAGCUUCAGUCAGAAUGCGAACCUGAUUCAGCACCAGAGAAUCCACACAGGGGAGAAACCCUUCAGCUGCUCUGACUGCAUGAAAAGCUUCAGUCAGAGCUCAGCCCUUGUCAAACAUCAGAGAACCCACACAGGGGAGAAACCUUUCAACUGCUCUGUGUGUGGGAAAAGCUUCAGUCAGAAUGCGAACCUGAUUCAGCACCAGAGAAUCCACACAGGGGAGAAACCCUUCAGCUGCUCUGUCUGCAGGAAAAGCUUCAAUCAGAACUCAGACCUUGUCAAACAUCAAAGAACCCACACAGGGGAGAAACCCUUCAACUGCUCUGUGUGCGGGAAAAGCUUCACUCAGAAAGGACACCUCAUUAAACAUCAGAGAAUCCACACAGGGGAAAAACCCUUCAGCUGCUCUGACUGUGGGAAAAGCUUCAGUGAGAGCGCACACUUUGUUAGACAUAAAAGAAUCCACACUGGGGAAAAACUCUUCUCCUGCUCUGACUGUGGGAAAAGCUUCAGACCUCACUCUGCCCUAAUUGUACAUCAGCGAAUCCACACAGGAGAGAAACCAUUCAACUGCUCUGAGUGUGGUAAAAGCUUUCGUGUGAGCUCACACCUUGUUACCCAUUGGAGAACACACUCAGGGGAGAAACCCUUUGACUGCUCUGACUGUGGGAAAAGCUUCAGUCGGAGGUCAAGUCUUGUUAGUCAUCAGAGAAUCCACACAGGAGAGAAACCCUAUAUCUGCUCUGACUGUGGGGAAAGCUUCAGUUUGCGCUCAAGUGUUGUUAUUCAUCAGAGAACUCACACAGGAGAGAAACCCUUCAACUGCUCUGCAUGUGGGAAAAGCUUCAGUCAGUAUACAAACCUCAUGCAACAUCAGAGAAUCCACACAGGGGAAAAACCCUUUGAUUGUUCUGUGUGUGGGAAAAGUUUCUGUGGUCGCUCAGGCCUGAUUAUACAUCAGAGAAUUCACACAGGGGAGAAACCCUUUGACUGUUCUGACUGUGGGAAAAGUUUCAGUCAGCACUCAAGUCUUAUUAAUCAUCAGAGAAUCCAUACUGGAGAGAAACCCUUCAACUGCUCUGACUGUGGUAAAAGCUUCAGUCGGCGCUCAAGUCUUAUUAUUCAUCAAAGAACCCAUACUGGAGAGAAACCCUUUGACUGCUCUGACUGUGGGAGAAGCUUCAGUCGGCGCUCAAAUCUUAUUAUUCAUCAGAGAACCCAUACUGGAGAAAAACCCUUCAACUGCUCUGACUUUGGGAAAAGUGUACCUAUAGCCCACACAGGAGAGAAACCAUUUGAAUAUUUGGACUAUGGGAAACGUUUUAGUCAGCGCUGAAGCCUUAGUAAACAUCAGAUAAUACAUGUAAGAGAGACACCCUUUGACUGCGGCAAAAGCUGCUGUCAGUGCAGAUCUUGUUAGACAUAGGAAAAUUCACACAAGAAAGAAACCUUCAACUGCUCUGACUUGUAAAACCUUCAGUCAGAACCCAAACAUCAUUGAAUAUCAAAGACUCAACAGAAGCGAGAACCCUUAUGACCCAAGUCCCCUUUAAGCUGCUUCGCCUUGUGGCUGUGCAGAAGUCUAUUAAAUGCCAUGUAAGUACUUAGGGCUGUGGCAGGGAGCCCCAGCCCACAUCUGUCAUGGCUGAGGGAUAAUUGACUAUGGCAGGAAGAGGUGCCUCUCUCUGCCCUUCAGGGCAGCACAUGAGCUGUGGGAGAGAGCUUGUGGGAGUCUUCUCUCCCUAAUGGGAUACACCUCAAACCCUUCAUCUUUGGUGUACCCCAGAACCCACAGUCCGAUCUGGAACCCUCACAUCCCUGUUCUCCUACUCUGUCCCAGCCCUGCGCCCCCUUCCUAUAAUCCAACCACCCGGGGCCCGCCUCCACCACAUGAAUUUUCUUCUGUGAACCAAUAUGGUGUGUCAUGCUUUCCCUCCAUUUUGGUGCCCAUAACAAUUUCAUUCUGCAAAUGUGUGGGAAAGAUUAGAUGGAACACUGUGAAUAAUUGCCCUAAGUGUGAGAAAAGCUUCAGUGAAUGCUCACACCCUAUUGCACAUCAGACAGUUCACACAAGACUGAACCCCUAUAACUGCUCUGACUGGGUAUGUCUACAGUACCACCCUAGUUUGAACUAGGGUGGU